GCUCAGACGGUUGGAUCUGGAGGUAAAUGCAACAGCUGAGGAGGAGCUUGAGAGCUUGCUUAGUGAAGGACAGAUACUGAAUAAUCGAGUGGCGGAAGCGGCGCUUGAGACACUUGAAGAGAGGAAGCGAGAGCUUAUGCACGAGAUGAAGAUAGAAUUAAGUAGAAAGAGAGACCAUGAGGUUAAAGGUGCGCAAUGUUGGACGGCAUGGGUGGAGAAAGAGCUUAUGCUCAAGGGUGGAGAGAAUUUGAUGAUGAAGGAAUACCGCUGGUUUCGGCUAAAUCUGCUGACAAGAAAAGUAAAAAAGCAACUGGAACAAGGGAUGGAACAAGGGAUGGAACUUGAGCUGGAUCGAGAAGAAAGAGUAUGGGAGUCGUACCUCAGAGUAUUGAAGAAAGAAAAGAUGGAGAUGCAUCCUUACUUUGUGAAAGAAUUCCAACACAGAUCAAUUAACUUUGAGGAUUACACGUAUUUUCCAGAAGGGCUUGACGAUAGCGAGAGUAAAGCCAACGAAGACAUUCUCAUUUAUAUUUCACCAGGAGGAAAAUGGGUUUUAGAGGUCGAUGGUUUCCGAAACAAAAAUGUUUUGCGAAAAAGGAAUCGAGAGCUCUCGAGUGACCAUGAAACGCCGCAACGUGAUAUUGGAAAAUUCACACGCUUUUCAUUUACAAAGGAUGACCUUUAUCUGGUCUAUUUGACCGACAAUGGUUCGCUGCACGCUUUGUCCCUCGAAACAGGUACAGUUCUAACCACUGUGACCAGCAAUCACAUUAUUUAUUUCACAAAGCAACACAAGUGUGGCUUUUUGUUUUACAGCGAUACAGAAGAAAAAGCCAUCCUUCUUUCGGAUUUAUACAACCCUUUCAAGUUUAUUUCAGCAUCACCAGUAGAGUUGCCCGAGGUGGAAAAAGCGAUCACAGCAGUCUUUUGCUCAACUAAUACAGUUCUAUCUGUUGGUUCCGACUUGAAGGUUUCCUUUUGGCAGACCGCUGAAGCUAAAGACGGCUCUAGCUUCAUUUCUCAGUCUCUACACGACACCUCUGACAUACAAGUGAAGGAUUGUGCGCUUUCUCCAAACGGACAGCUUAUUGCUAUUCACCAAGGAAGCAAGUUAAUGCUAUAUACCUUUACAGAUUUUAGCCUUGUGGAGACUCGCACAGUAUUCACAGAAGAAUUUGGUGACACGAUUUCGUCCCUUACAUUUUCAAGCGAUGGUACCUCACUCCUCUUCUGUAUCCAGGCUUGGCAAAGCUUUACGCGCGGCUAUGUGUGGGACGUUGUGGGGAAGUUUGUGUCAAGUAGCGUGAAGUCGCAAGCAUUGGUCGCUGUUGAAUGUUGUUGCAUUUCAUCUAGCAAACAAGAGAUUAUGCUGUGUGGCAAGUAUCAGAUAGAGAUCUGGAAAUACGGUGAAAGGUCUUAUCACUUAUCGACAACAAUCCGUGUAGAGGAGAUGUACCACUCCGUUAGGUUCAGUCAAUGUAUUGUCUCGUCUGACGACCAACUUCUUGUUUGUUGCAUCGCGAACACAAUUCUUGUGUAUCGUCGAAGUGCAUCGGACAUCAUCUCCUCCAAGCGAGUCCUUCUUGGCCAUCUGGGUAAAAUCGAGUUUUGUCGGUUUCUUAAAGAAAAUCGUUAUCUUAUUUCCUAUGGUAUCGAUGGCAUGGUUUUCCUCUGGGAUACAAUCGAGUUUAAAGCGGUUGGAUUUGCAAGAAUUCCACUGGACACCGUCACAUGUAUGGCAGUGUCUCCGGAUGAAGAAAAAGUUGUUUGCUAUUCGUCCACCAAUUUGAUAUGCGUGGUGAAACUCUGCGAACUGAAAAGUCCUCCCCAUUAG